UAAAUAAUUGUUAUCAAUUGUUGCAGACAUUCUGUAAAGCGUUGAUCUUACUUCGGAGCAAAGGACUUCUGGAACCCACUGCCCUUUUGAACCUCUUCUUUCAAUUGCUUCGUUGUCAAGACAAGGCUUUGCGACAGUUUCUCGAAACCCAUAUUAUUACAGAUAUAAAAAAUAUAAAUGCCAAACAUAAAAAUGCUAAAGUAAAUACUGCCUUGCAGAACUUUAUGUUCACUAUGUUGAAUGACACGAAUGCCAGAGCUGCUAAAAUGUCUGUUGACAUCAUGAUAGAACUAUAUAACAAAAAUGUGUGGAACAAUGCCAAAACUGUUAAUGUCAUCGCAACUGGAUGUUUUUCUAAAGUUACCAAGGUUAUGGUAGCUAGUCUCAAAUUUUUUCUUGGCACUGAUUCCGAGGAAGAAGAUAGUGAUGACGAUAGCGAUGAAGAACCAAAUAUUAAGGAAAUUAUGAUGGCGAAUAAAGUUAAUAAAAAAACAAAAAAGCGCGAAAAACAGUUGAAGAAAGUAAAACAAUUAUUUAUCAAAUCAAAAAAAAAGAAAGCGAAAGCCCCACAAUAUAACUUUUCUGCAUUACACCUCAUCAAUGAUCCUCAAGGAUUCGCAGAAAAGUUGUUCAAGCAAAUGGAAAAGAAUAAUAACAGAUUUGAAAUUAAGUUGAUGACACUGGAUAUUAUCUCAAGGCUCAUUGGUCUCCAUAGUUUAUUUCUCUUCAAUUUUUAUCCUUAUGUACAACGAUUUCUUCAACCACAUCAACGAGAGGUCACGAAAUUGCUACAAUUUGUUGCACAGGCUUCUCACGAGUUAGUGCCAUCUGACGUAAUGGAACCAGUUCUAAAAACACUUGUAAACAAUUUUGUCACUGAAAGAAAUUCAGCAGAUGUCAUGGCUAUUGGAUUGAAUGCCGUUCGAGAAGUGUGUUCACGCUGUCCACUGGUGAUGACAGAAGAUUUAUUACGAGAUUUGGCACAGUAUAAGAAUUAUCGUGAUCGUAGUGUCAUGAUGGCGGCGCGAUCGCUUAUUGCUUUAUUUAGACAUACAAACCCAGAUUUGCUCCACAAAAAGGACAGAGGAAGACCUACUGAAGCUUCAGUGGCGAUCGAAUCGCUAAAAUAUGGCGAAAGUAUUACUAAGGAUUUCAUUCCAGGAUCUGAAAUCCUGCUUGAGAAUUAUCACUCAAAAACUAUGGAAAUUGAUAGUGAAAUUAGCGAUGAUGAUGACGAGUGGAUUGAUAUGAAGCAUAGCACUGACGAGGAUACUGAUGAAUGGGUGACUGAUAGUGAAGAAGAUGAAAAUAUAAGUAAUAAACAUAUAGAUAAUAGUGUUGAUGAAGAGAAGGAAGAAGAAACCAGUGAAGGAGAAGUAUAUGGUGAUAAAGAACACGAGUAUGCACAAGCAAACACCAAAACACAAAACUUUAAAGACAAAAAUUCAAAGAUUGUAAGUGGAAGUAUAAUUAAGUUAAAGAACAAUACUCAGAUGAAAACCCAACAGAAAUUUCCACAAAAGAAAAGCGAUAAUACAAAGAAACAAACAUCGAAAAUGAAACGUAAGGAAAAACAAGUGGAGGAACAGCCUGGGAUAAAAAUAAAGAAAAAACAAGAGUUUACUGCAGAAAGAAAUAUUAAGGCGUCACAAAUAUCGAUUGAACGUUUAUUCACUGAUGAAGAUUUUAAAAAGAUAGAUACGGCACUAUUAAAGCGGCAAGUGACAUCCGUUACCCGUGGUGUCAAGCGAUUACACUCCACUCAGGAUAAUCGAGAAGAGUUAGUGAGGCUAGGUGACAUCGAAAAUAUUUUCAAGAAGCGGAAACAUGAUAAACUGGCAAGAUUAGAAACAAUAAAG